CUUCCUCGGAUUCUAUGGCGAUGGUCUUCACGUAAAAAACUUACGAACAAUCGACUGUCAGUUGGGAAGGUCCAAAAAUGAUACCGAGGUUGUCGGGAUAUGUUCUUGGAAAUUUCAAUACGUUGGUAAAAAUAUGACCACCAACACUACCGUUCACAACGAUUUUAAAGAUAACGCCGAAACAGUUGUUAAUGCUUCUCAGUCACUAAACGAAAGAAUGAGAGAGUUAGUUAAAGCAACCAACAAUGGUUCACUGUAUUUUUCGAUAAUGACAACGUGUAUUAUGCAGAGAAAAAUAGCAUUGCUGUUCACAAAUUUUCAUUGAUGUGCCCAAAUUCUCAGGUCCUUGUUCAAAGAGAUUUUAAAUGCGUGGAUUGUCCACCGGGAUACCAUGCUGUAUUUAACACUGAAGAAAUAGCGUCAUGCAUACCUUGUCCAUUGGGCUCCUAUCAAUCGGAAUCAGGCAAAAUAUCUUGUGAUCGUUGUCCCAGAGGAUUUACUACCUGGAACGCAGGAUCAUAUGAUCAUUCGCAAUGCAAAGUAAUUUGCAAGGCGGGUCACUAUGGUGUGGUGGAAAAAGGGAUUGGUUACUGCAUGCCAUGUCCCAAGAACGAGUACCAGCCACAGGAAGGAAAACUACGAUGUAUACCAUGUCCUGAAAAUCAUGUCACAGAAAAGGAAGGAGCUUUAGACCCAAAGCAAUGUUUGAUAGGAAAAGUUGCAUUACCAACGUUGAGAACAAAAAGUGCAACGAAAGUAACAAACACUGAUGUGAGAGCAAAAGAUGGCACGACCAACGAUGCAACCAAAAAAGAAGAACCAACAACAAAGGCAGUUUUUGAUCAUCUCGAUGGUGACGAUCAUGGAGAAUCAUCAACACAUUUGAUUAUUGGUUUGUCGCUCGGCGGUUUUUUCCUACUUCUUUUUGCUAUAGGCCUCGUUUUGGUGCUUCGUCGCUGGAAACAUGUGUUUAUACCGAGCAAACGCCCGAAAAAGAGAGAAAAGUUGGCCGCAGAAACAUCCGUUGUCGUUCAAGACUAUCCUGCCACCGUUUCUUCUUUUACAAAUGUAAUAUAUGACGAAUCGUUCAAAACGGAUGAGAACGUAAUAUCGAAGGAUGUGGAUGAAGAUUUUCACUCGAGCCCUGUUGACAAGGCAAACGCGGAUUCCUCUGAAUGUGAUGCAAAGUAGGACGGCAUUUGGGCGUUAUCCUUUUUUCAUGAAAAAUAAUCUGAGGUAAAUUAGCAACAAUAUAGACUUAGUAUCUAUUAUACCUAUAUAAUCUUCAACUACAAUUAACCAUUCUUAGGACUAUAUAAACUGUAAAAUUUGUAGAAAUUCAGGGAGAGGUUGUGGUAUAAACUAUAACAAUCUUUGAUUCGACUGUAUGAUAUUAUAUACAAGCAAUAAUUUGAACGUAUAUAAUCAAUAAUUUGGACGUAUAUAAUCAAUAAUUUGAAUUUAUCUACACUGAUAAACAAUAAUCAUGCUUUUCCAAUAGGUAAUGAAUUAAAGG